CAUCUGCUUCAAUUUCAGUUACAUUGCAGCAGUCUUCUAAUCCUCAUGAAUGAAUGGAUAUAUAUGGUGGUGAAAACGUGAUUCCUCACUCUUCAGGGAGCAUCUCAAAACAUAUGCUGAAGUAAUGUAACAGCUUAUAGCAAGAUAACAACCAUGAAAUGUGGCAUUUCCUGGAAAUUCAUUAUCGGUUGGGAUCCCCUCAGUAAGGUGCAAAGCAGCUUCAUUUUACUGUGACCGUCAGACCUGAACAGCAGCUUGGAAAGAAAAGGACACUAAAAACUCUUCAACUUGUUUGUUAAAACAUGGCCACAUGUCAUUUCUGCUCUUAUUUCAGCUGCCCUGGACAACCAUGAUGUCUUACUCAUUCUGCAUGCUCACAGCAGCAGCUGCUUUGCUAGUGCCUUGCCAUGCAUUCAACUGUCCAGGACUUCCUGAGCUAUCCGAUAUCCCUGGAGUUGGUAGACUACUUCAACUGCUAAAACCUGUUCUAGGCCCAAUGUGGCCUUUUGGAAGAGAAAGGCUUCCUGAACCUCAAGUGCCCACGGGGCUGCAAGGUCUACCUAUUUCGCUUGACACUGAAUUCAGCAACGUUUUAGUGAAUUUCAGACAACGACUUUCCAGACUUGAAGGAGCGCUUACUUUGAAUGGGAAAAUAACAAAAGCAGGAGAGAAAAUACUUGCCAGCAAUGGGAAGAAAGUGAUAUUUUCAUCUGCUCUAGAAUCCUGUGAAAAGACUGGAGGAACUCUUGCAACUCCCAUGAAUAAGGAGGAGAACAAAGCUAUUUUGGGGAUUGUGGAACAGUAUAACAGUUAUGCUUAUUUGGGCAUUAAAGAGAGUGAGACUUCAGGACAAUUUGAGUAUAUGAAUGGCACACCUCUGAAUUACACCAAUUGGCACCAAUAUGAGCCUAAUGGCAAAGGGACAGAAAAAUGUGUAGAGAUGCACACCAAUGGGAACUGGAAUGACAAAAAAUGCAACCUGUAUCGCCUCACAAUCUGUGAAUUUUAAAGAAUGAUGUUUCAGGCACCUGAGAGUAUGGAGACAAUGAAACAACCUACGCUUCACGUUUAUGCAAUUUCUGAUAUUGUUCUAUCUCAGAAAAUCUAAAACGAAUCAUAUUAUGGUAUAUUUUUAUCCUUAAGAAAAUUCCAAAUGUAGAAGGUGAUUAACUUAAUUAAAAUGUGCUUAAGU